AUGACCCGCGUCAUGAACACAACACAGGCAGGCACACGUCUGUGGUUCUGCUUUAGUGGAAAGGUUGAUGACGCUCAUGCUGGAGGCGUGGUCACCAUGAACCUGCUCCACAGCUCUCUUUCCUCAGCUCAUGCUGGAGGCGUGGUCACCAAGAACCUGCCCCACAGCUCUCUCUUUCCUCAGCUCAUGCUGGAGGCGUGCUCAUGCUGGAGGCGUGGUCACCAAGAACCUGCCCCACAGCUCUCUCUUUCCUCAGCUCAUGCUGGAGGCGUGGUCACCAUGAACCUGCCCCACAGCUCUCUUUCCUCAGCUCAUGCUGGAGGCGUGGUCACCAUGAACCUGCCCCACAGCUCUCUUUCCUCAGCUCAUGCUGGAGGCGUGGUCACCAUGAACCUGCUCCACAGCUCUCUUUCCUCAGCUCAUGCUGGAGGCGUGGUCACCAUGAACCUGCCCCACACCUCUCUCUUUCCUCAGCUCAUCUCAUGUAGGAGGCGUGGUCACCAUGAACCUGCCCCACACCUCUCUCUUUCCUCAGCUCAUGUAGGAGGCAUGGUCACCAUGAACCUGCCCCACAGCUCUCUUUCCUCAGCUCAUGUAGGAGGCAUGGUCACCAUGAACCUGCCCCACAGCUCUCUCUUUCCUCAGCUCAUCUCAUGUAGGAGGCGUGGUCACCAUGAACCUGCCCCACAGCUCUCUCUUUCCUCAGCUCAUGUAGGAGGCGUGGUCACCAUGAACCUGCCCCACAGCUCUCUUUCCUCAGCUCAUGCUGGAGGCGUGGUCACCAUGAACCUGCCCCACAGCUCUCUCUUUCCUCAGCUCAUCUCAUGCUGGAGGCGUGGUCACCAUGAACCUGCCCCACAGCUCUCUCUUUCCUCAGCUCAUGCUGGAGGCGUGGUCACCAUGAACCUGCCCCACAGCUCUCUCUUUCCUCAGCUCAUCUCAUCUCAUGUAGGAGGCAUGGUCACCAUGAACCUGCCCCACAGCUCUCUUUCCUCAGCUCAUGUAGGAGGCAUGGUCACCAUGAACCUGCCCCACAGCUCUCUCUUUCCUCAGCUCAUCUCAUGCUGGAGGCGUGGUCACCAUGAACCUGCCCCACAGCUCUCUCUUUCCUCAGCUCAUGCUGGAGGCGUGGUCACCAUGAACCUGCCCCACAGCUCUCUCUUUCCUCAGCUCAUCUCAUGCUGGAGGCGUGGUCACCAUGAACCUGCCCCACAGCUCUCUCUUUCCUCAGCUCAUGUAGGAGGCGUGGUCACCAUGAACCUGCUCCACAGCUCUCUUUCCUCAGCUCAUGUAGGAGGCGUGGUCACCAUGAACCUGCCCCACAGCUCUCUCUUUCCUCAGCUCAUGCUGGAGGCGUGGAGGCGUGGUCACCAUGAACCUGCCCCACAGCUCUCUCUUUCCUCAGCUCAUGUAGGAGGCGUGGUCACCAUGAACCUGCUCCACAGCUCUCUUUCCUCAGCUCAUGCUGGAGGCGUGGUCACCAUGAACCUGCUGCACCUUUUCAAAGAGGCGCUGCCCAGUGUGAAGAUGGCUUCCUACGAUCAGCUGGCCCACCAGGUGGAGGCGCUCCGUAAGGAGAACUCCCACCUGAGGAGAGAGCUGGAGGAUAACUCCAACCACCUGUCCAAACUGGAGACCGAGACCACCGGCAUGAAGGAGGUGUUGAAGCAGCUGCAGAGUAAACUGGAGCAGGAGGCAGGAACACUGGCCUCGUCCGGCAGGAGCGACGUGCUGGACCAACUCAAAGAGCUCCACAUGGAUCUCACUAACUACUACGAACUAAAGCAUCAACCCCACAACCUGAGGCUUCUGAUGGGCGGUGUGGGGGGGGCAGGUGGGGGAGCGGAGGUGGACGAUCGCCUGGCUCUGCCUCCUUCCUCCUGCUCCUCUUCCUCAGCGGUAAGCAGAGCCAGGAGUCCGCUCAGGGCGCUGUCCCGUCUGAGCUCAGGGUCCGGGGGGGAGGCCGCCAUGCUGCCGCAUCACUUCCUGGAGGGAGCGCCGCCCAAAACAGCUGUGAUCAGUGGAGCUGACGGACGGAUGAGCGACCACCACCAGGAGGAGCUGUACAAGGAGAGGAACCUCCUGCUGGGGGAGAUCGACCGCGAGGAGAGGGAGCGCUGCUGGUACUUCAGCCAGCUGGAGGCGCUGUCUCAGAGACUGGCUCAACUGCCCCGCAUCGACACAUUUUCUCUGCAGAUGGAUCUGAUCCGGCAGCAGCUGGAGUUUGAAGCUCAGCAGGUUCAGUCUGUGAUGGAGGAGCAUUUCGGCACCAGUGAUGAAGUGGUCCAGAGGACGCAGAUUCGUGUUGCUCGUCUGGAGCAGCUGGAGGAAGAGCUGCAGGAGGCCCGAGGCAGUCAGGAGACCCAGCUACAGCUUUCUGGAGCUGAGAAGCCCCCUGCUGGAGAGCCAGAGAAUGGAGGCGCAGCAGCAGGAACAGAAGCUCCUGCAGAUGGAGGCAGCAAGGUGGAGAUGGUGUUCUGGCUGCUCUCCAUGCUCGCCAACAGAGAUAAGGAGGAGAUGUCUCGCACUCUGCUGGCUCUGUCCAGCUCUCAGGACAGCUGCAUUGCUAUGAGAAAGUCCGGCUGCGUCCCGCUGCUGGUCCAGAUCCUACACGAAGCCCCCAGCGGGGGGGAGACAGUGACGGAAGGGACUGUGACGGGCUGCAGCAGGGAGGCCAGAUCUAGAGCCAGCGCCGCCCUCCACAACAUCAUCUACUCCCAGCAGGACGAGGGCCAGGCCCGCCGUGAGAUGCGGGUGCUGCACCUGCUGGAGCAGGUCCGGACCUACUGUGACAGCGGCUGGGACUGGAUCGAGAGCCACGCAGGGACACCGUCCCCUGGAGGAACCAAAACCACCGACAUCCCUGAGCCUGUAGACCCUCAGAUCUGUCAGGCCAUGUGCGCCAUCAUGAAGCUUUCCUUUGAAGAGGAGUACCGACGUGCCAUGAACGAAUUAGGUGGUCUGCAGGUCGUGGCUGAUUUGAUCCACCUGGAGCAGGACAUGUACGGCAUGCAGAACGACCCCAUCAACAUGGCUCUGCGCCGCUACGCAGGGAUGGCUGUGACUAACCUUACCUUCGGAGACGUCGUCAACAAGGCCACUCUGUGCUCCAAGAAGAGCUGUCUGCUGGCUCUUGUGGCCCAGUUGGCGUCAGACAGUGAGGAGCUACAUCAAGUGGUCUCCAGCAUCCUGAGGAACCUAUCCUGGAGGGCCGACAUCAGCAGUAAGAAGGUCCUCAGAGACAUCGGCUGUGUGUCUGCCCUGAUGACCUGUGCCCUGCAGGCUACCAAGGAGUCGACCUUGAAGAGCCUCCUUAGUGCUCUGUGGAAUCUUUCUGCUCACAGCACUGACAACAAGGUGGCAAUAUGCUCAGUGGACGGCGCUCUGGGCUUUCUGGUCAGCACACUGACGUACCGAUGUCAAACCAAUUCGCUUGCCAUCAUCGAGAGCGGAGGAGGAAUUCUUCGAAACGUGUCAAGUCUGGUCGCUACAAGGGAAGACUACAGGCAAAUCCUCAGGGACCACAACUGCCUCCAGACUCUGCUGCAGCACCUGCGGUCCCACAGUCUGACAAUAGUGAGCAACGCCUGCGGAACUCUCUGGAACCUCUCUGCCCGUAGUCCAAAAGACCAGGAGCUGCUCUGGGAUCUUAGUGCAGUUAGCAUGCUGCGCAACCUUAUCCACUCCAAGCACAAGAUGAUAGCCAUGGGCAGCGCUGCAGCUUUAAGGAAUCUCCUCACAAAUCGACCCCUAAAAUAUAAGGAUGCUGCCGUAGUAUCCCCUGGGUCCUGCAUGCCGUCACUUUACAUGAGGAAACAGAAGGCUCUGGAGGCAGAGCUGGAUGCCAAACACCUUGCAGAUACUUUUGACACCCUGGAGAAACAAAGCCCCAAGAAUCUGACACUUAACAAGCCACUACGCCACAUUGAGAGUCUGGCGAAGGAUUAUGCAUCUGAUUCUGGUUGUUUUGAUGAUGAUGAGGCACCCAACGUCUCCAGUAGCCUGGACACUGGGAGUUUCUCGAUGCUCUCUAUGUUCCUUACAAACUCUAACUUCUUGCAAAACCAACCACGCAAGAGGGACAGUGAACCUGAGAGAGAUGUAGACAUCCCUCAGAUGGUCGAGAAGAGACAAGCUCCUCCUGACGAUUUGGUAUCUGCUGCUGCAGAGAAGCUGGCCAAAAAGAUCACCAACACGGUUGCCAAGAUAGACAGGUUAGUGGAGGACAUCAACAUGCAAACAUCAUCGGAGGACAGUUUUAGCCUCAGCUCUGAAGACCACUUGGCGGACUGGCCUUAUGGGCUGGAUGAACUAAAUGAAGCCCGUGCAAAAUCAUGCUCCCCUUGCCGUCUCUCCGAAACAAGCAGCUUGGCCCACAGGGAACGGCUCAGUAGAGCCCAUGCCCUCUUGCGCCUCAAAACGGCCAAUACAAAUGUAUCAACAGACAGCCUAAACAGUGGAAGCACCAGUGAUGGCUACUGUGGAAGCAAAGACCAGAUGCGACCUGCUCCAAAACCUCUAACAAUGCAACAGCGUCCCAACCAGCUUGAUCUCAAGGUGGCCCAUCACGAUUACUUCAAUGUAGCGUCUGCACUGAAUGAGACUAACCAUCAAUACAUUCCGGAGAGAGAUUCUGUGGACAACAAAGAUGCAAGAGGUGAAGAGCUCAGCAGCACAGAUGCAGAAAAGUAUCAGGAUCAACCUGUACAAACGCCUGUCAGUGCUUGUACUAAACUCUCCUCUGAUGUCAGCAUGACUUCAAUUCAACUGUCUCCUUCUUAUCAACAGGUUCCACUUAUUCAGAGUGUGGCUAAAUUUGGUGUAGCAAAGACAGCAAUCAAUGUACAGGCUGCCCAAGCAAUGAGGAGGCAAGCAUGGGUACCUACUGUGAUGACUGGGGCUAGUAUUACUACAUUUUCUCCAAUGUCAUCCACCAGAAGCCCAACUAUUGGGGCGAUGGAGACGAUCCAGAAAUACUCGGUGGAGAACACCCCAAUUUGCUUCUCCCGCUGCAGUUCACUCUCCUCCCUCUCUUCUGGCGACGGAGCAUUGGAUGGACAAAGUGAAAAUGAGCUAGAGAGUGACUCAUCAUUAGAAAUAAUUGAAGUAGAAGAUGGGGAAGAGGUGAAAAGAGCUGAAGAGGAUGAAACCUUGGAGGAUCUGAGUGACAGUCAGCUGCUAAUGACUGACUCAAAAACAUUCCCCAGCAAAGAGACGGAUCCCAUUGAGAUUCCCUGUCAUGCCAAACGGGAAAAGGUGUUCCUUAGAGGAGCUUCACCAGCCAUACUUGAAGACAGAUCUCCAUCAAGUUCAUCUGAAAACUACAUCCACGAGACCCCCCUGAUAAUGAGUCGCUGUAGCUCAGUCAGUUCCCUGGGUAGUUUUGAGUCUCCUUCUAUUGCCAGCUCAAUCCAAAGUGAUCCAUGCAGUGAGAUGAUAGAUGGAACAAUAAGCCCUAGUGAUCUACCUGACAGCCCGGGUCAAACCAUGCCUCCUAGUCGAAGUAAAACUCCAUGUUGCAUUGAGUCAAAUGGACAAGAAACACAGGCCACAGGAAUUGCAGGUCAAUGGGAAAACAGCCUGCGAAAGUUCAUGGAGAUUGCAGACUCCAAGGAGAGGUUUAACCUUCCUCCUGACUUGGACACUAUGAUCUACUUUACAGUGGAAAAGCCAACUGAAAACUUCUCUUGUGCUUCGAGUUUGAGUGCACUGCCUCUUCACGAACACUACAUACAAAAAGAUGUUGAGCUGAAAUUGACCCCCCUACUCCAGCAAAAUGACAAAAAUCUUCCUUUCCCUGAUGAGCAUGAGCAAGGAUUUGACCAUGGUGAGAGAUAUAGUGAGGGCAACUCAGAUGAUGACAUAGAAAUCUUAAAGGAAUGCAUCAACUCAGCAAUGCCCUCCAAGUUCAGACAAGUAAGACCUUCCCUGAUGACCACCAUCCCUCCUCAUAUUCUCAAUUCUCAGAUCCGAAAACAGAUUCACGUUCCAGUGUACAUGAUGCUUCCAAAUGGUAAAACCCAAAUGUGUCCUGGAAGGAGAUUCGUCAUCCCCCAAAAGGACUUCAUAUUUGACGAUUCGUCCUUCACUGAUUCUGCAGAAGGUACACCAGUCAACUUCUCCAGCACAACAUCCCUUAGUGAUGAAACACUUCAGUAUUCAGUAAAGGAGAGGGGAGCUAACGACUGCACAGCUAAAGGUAUAAACAAACAGGAAUUGCUUGACGAUGAGGCAAAGAGGAUAGAAGACUUGAGGAUAUUCUCACACUUCCAUAAACCCAACAAGAUGAACUACCCACCAGAGAUACAAAUGAAUCGAACAACCAAACACAUCAUCCCGACGCAGAGGGUGCUGUUGCAGAGCAAAGAGGUAGCAGAUAGGGUGGCAAACCAAAGAAACCGUGAUAAGUCACCAAACCAGCAAAAUAAUAGGCAAGGUCAAGGUACGGUCAGGAAACUGGAAUUGCCCGUCAUUAAGCAAAACAAAGAAGGUAACCUAAAUGUUCGAUCACAAAAAGGGAAAACAGUCUUUCGGCAAAUGACACAAUCUUCCGAGGACAGUAACAGCUUCUAUGAUGAUAAAAAGGAAGCAAUCAAACGAACAAGCAGAAAACAAAUCAGGGAAGAAAGUAGAAACACUCUCUCCCGGAGCAUGACAAAUAUUGGCAGUGUUGAUCAUUCCCAAGCAAUUUCAAGAGGAUUUCAAAGGAUAAAACAAAAUCUGAUUAAGGAUGAAUCACUGGCAUGUUACUCACUCAGCUCUUCACUUAGCUCACUGAGUGAUGCUGAGUUUGAGCCUCAUAAAUCAAAAGCCCAUAAAAUAUGGUACAAAAACAGACACAACAAAACACUGAAUAUGAUGAAACAAACAAAGACUAUAAACAUUCACAGCCAAUACGAAGAUCCAAGCUCGCCAAGCUCUGUCAGCAUGGAUUCAGAGGAUGACCUUCUUCAGAAAUGCAUAACAUCUGCCAUGCCUAGGCAGAGAAGAAGGCUUGCUGCCAGAAAGAAAAAAGCAGAAAAUACUCAAAAACAAAAGACCUCUGAUGGGUGGAACAUGAAUGAGGAAAUGGAUAUGGAUGAGGAAAUGGAUAGUGAUGAUACAGCAUGGGAUAAAGAUUCAGACCUCAAUAGUGUUGAAUGGAGAGCCAUACAAGAAGGUGCUAAUUGUGUUGUCACUGGGUUGCAGGCAUCAAGGUCUCAGGACCCAUCUUCUGAAGAGACUGAAUCAGUCCUGUCAUUUAUGUCAACAUCCAGCUUUACACCCAAAGAAAGGAAGUUUGCUAAAGAUAAAAAGGCAAAUAAACCUCUUGACUUUGCGCAGCGCAAGCCAGUUCCAAACCUACCAAUGGUUUUCAGAGGCAGGACAGUGAUCUAUACACCGAAAAAGGAGACGGCUCCAUCACAAAUACCUCCUCCUAGAAAAAUAACAACCAAGACAGAUGCUCCAAAGAACCCAAACCUUGCUCAGCACAGAUCAAAGAGCCUUCACAGAUUAGGUUGGCCCCAGGAUAUUGAACUAUCUUUGCCAAAGAGAAGCUCUACUCCACCUCCAAGGAUACCAAAAAGUUCAUCCUCUGGAUCAUCACAAAGCUCUACACCAUCUAAACAGUCACAGAAGAAGAUAACAUCCCCGACUCAGACAAAUAAAGCCAACCAGAAAAAGAAUGCCUCAUUACCUAGUAGCCCGCCAGCUACAAGCCCCCCUGAAAGAAAGGGACGCUCUCCUGUUAUGAAACAAAAUGAAAAGUCUGCACCACCUAAAACUCAAAAGUCUCCUGUCCGAAUUCCUUUUAUGCAAAAUUCAGUCAGGCCAAGACCUCUGUCACCUCUAGUAACUAACAAAACAACCACCACACAAACCAAUCAGGUCAAUGGCAAACGUUUGGCCCCCACCAAUCGUUUUGGACUGGUCAGGAUGACUUCUGUCCAUUCAAGUGGUGGUGAGUCUGAGCGCAAUGGAUUUUUGAGACAGCUGACUUUCAUUAAGGAAUCACAGAACGCGCUUAGACGUGAUAACUCAGCACGCAACAUGUCAGGAUCUCAAAAUGGAUCCCCGCGCAGAACAAUUCCUGGAGCUACAGCUGUCUUCCUUUGCUCAUCACGCUGUCAGGAACUAAAGGUAUCUGUGCAAACUCCCAGACGGGUGCAAGUAAAAGAUCCAAGACAAACAGAGCAGAGGUCAGACCGCCUUCAGAAGCAGAGUGCAACCCUCUCCAGAGCAACCUCCAGUGAAAGAGACCUAUCUGCAAGACGCCCAUCCAGAAGAACCAGUUCUGAAAGCCCUUGCAGGUUGGCUCAGCGAAACGGGCCUGGCAGAGUGUCUGGACCCAAGCAGCAACAAGACAAGGAUAACUUUAAACGUCAUGCUUCAUCACCAAGCCUAAACAUACUGAGCCGGGUGACAAGCCGUUCCUCCCUCCGUUCGUCCUCAUCUGAUUCAAGCGGAAGAGCAAAGAGCGAGGAUGAUACAAAGAAGAAAGUGCAGAGAUCUGCAUCACGGCUUAAUGAAAGAGUCACCUGGAGGAGGAUCAGGGAUGAAGAUGUAUCUCAGAUCUUGAAAAGCACUCUGCCAGCAAAUGCAUUACCUCUGGUGACUUCUCCUGACGGGGAACAGCCAAAGCCACUGGCUCUACCAGGAAAACUGCCAACAAUUCUACUUGCGUCUCGCAAGACAAGCGAUGCGACAGUCCAGACAGAGGAUUUUACAAACAACAAGACCAACUCAAGCACCUCUCCAACGGUUGAAACAGCUCAGGUGAUUUCAGAGGAAGUGUCACGCUUUGCUCUACUUAAGAAGAUUAGUUCAACCUCUGGGAGUAACCUGCAGGAUGGAGAUUCUGACGUCUCCCCAAGGAGCCACAGUACUGUCUCCACAGGAACGUCUGAUUCCCACGUCAGUGGAGUUGUCCAUUUCCGCCAAGGAUCCCCCAGCAAGGCCGCCCGUAUCACUCCAUUUAAUUAUACUCCAAGCCCCAUUUCCUGCAACCUACAAGACAUGCAGAGCCAGAGAGCCUCGGUCAAUGAAAAGUCUGGGGAGAAAAGCGAGUCGUAAGACAUUUAGUGGAUUACUGGACGACAUGGAUUACUCUACUGUGAUCCUGGAUGAAACUCAGGUGGACAGUCUAGGAGCGUGGUGGCCCAUAUACCUCGGGUAUUUACCCUUUACUUUCCCCAUUCACUGCAUUCAAGUCCUUCUCUCUGAACAAUUGAUCAAAGCUUCCAUCUACCAUUCAUACAAGGUUGGAUGUAUGCUUUAAGAGAGGUCGGACAAGAACAGACCAGAAAUAACAAUGCACUUCAGAGAAAAAUCUCACAUGAAAAGGAAGUGCAUCUUUUUGUACUUUUUUUGUAUUUGUAGAAUAAUCAUUGCCUGUUAGAAACGUAGUGAAAACAUGAAGCAAAAGACAAUGAACUUGAUUUCAGCACAUCGGUUUUCUGGACGGAAUCGAUAAAAGAACAAUAUUAUGCAAAUUCUUGAAGGAUUACUCAGCUGGACUUUUACCUGAAAAUGUACAAACUGUGGAUGACUGUUGACAGACUCUCACAAAUGACGCCAAUACACUGAAAUGUUAAGCAUUUUUUACAUACAGUUAAUCAAUGCUUUGGGCCUCUUAAUCCCUAAUCAACUGAAUUAUAAUACACUGCUUGUCUUUUUUCUCUCCAUAUUUCUCCAGUAGGUCUGGGGUUACAUUUAAGAAAAUACUUCAGAUUAACAGUGCAAUUACCUUAUUUAGAUUAUAUAGUGAUUUCGGAAUGAUAUCGAUGUGUAUUACAGGUUAACGGUAUGAACAAUUCUAAAUUCAAAAGCUAAACAUUUUGCAAUAUGUAUUUAAAUAUUUUUAAUGAGCAAAAAAACAUUUUUGAGGCAACUGUUUGACUUUAGUUGUAUUAGUGUACAUCUACAUAUAUAUAUAUAUAUAUAUAUAUACAUAUAUGUAGAUAUUAUCAUAUCUCCCCAGCUCAACUUUGGUAAAAAAUUAUUAAUAAUAAAGUAUACUGAGCGGCAAUUUUAGGAGGAAUAUGAUUAUUCCCGACACCUACUCUACUCUAGUUAAAUCCCUGCUGCAGAACAAAUGAUAGCAUCCUGUGGUUUUCCAAACUAUAAGCAGAUUCUGGUAUUUACUCUCUCCUGUACUCUUUGUCUUAAUCAGUUUUGUAAAUAACAUACAGAUAUACAAAAUCUCCAAAGCUUCCUUGUGGGCAAAAUAAUCUGUGUUGCUCGAUGACAGCAUGCAUAUAUACUGUAUAUCAUUGACUGUAUACACACACCUGUUAACAUUGUGGAGGGACAAUUAAGUUGUUAUUCAGAGGUAAAAUAAUUUCUAGACAAGAGCAUUUCUAGCCAUCUGUAAUUAGGUGCUGAAAAGACAUAUAAUGGUAUAAACUGUCAGCAUAGCUGAACAAAGCGACUACAGUACAUGCUUCUUUUCAUCUAAUAACAUGACAUCAUUGUUAUGUUUGAUUCUAUAUUCAGGCAUUAUUGCUGUUGAGUAUUCCUUGUCCAGAAACAAAAUGAUUUCAUCCAGUGAUGGGGCGGCUUUGAGUCAAUGGACAUGUGUCCUUACAAAAAUCUUUAUAACUUGUUAAUAUCCGCUUAACUGUGUUGCUGUAAAGUAGUGAUAGGUUGAGAAGAAGUUGAAUAUUAAGACAAUGAAUAUUCUCUGUUGUUGUAACAUCGCUCCUCCGUGUGUGCUGCUGGAAGACAAAAGACAGAACUAACAUUCAUCAUUCAUCUACCUAAAGGGGCUCAUUAUUCAUAAAACAAGGUUUAUUAUUUACCACACUGAACCUACUGUAUUUCCAAAGCAUGUUUUGAUUAUGAAUAAAGAACAAGUAGAAUUUGAAUGCGAAACUUCAGGUCCCCCUGGCCAUUUAAAUAAUAUAUAGUGGGUAGAAGGGGGUAUCAUGCACCCCCCUGAAAUAUACUUCUAAUCAGCUUUUCUAGAUUGGAAUAAUUGUGUAGAAAAUGAUUAGCUAUGUUAAAAAGUUGGCAAAUUGUCCCACAUAUAUAUUUUUUUCAAAAUUAGUGUGCCUAUUACCCUAGAAAUCGAGUUUCACUCUUUUUACUCCUUUCACUAUAUCUCAGCCAUUAUUGCAGAUAAAUUAACAAAUAAUGUGUCUAGACCCAUGUUUUGAUGGUCAAGGAACACAAUAAAACUAUUCUUAAAGUGAUCACAUGUGUCUGUGGCAUGCUAUUAUGCUAAUUAGUGCCGCCAUUACAAGAAAAUAGCAUUUUAGUCUUGUACCAAGAAGGGUGUAUUUUGCACCGACACAGAAAUAUACUUAUAAUCAGUGUUUCCAAAAUGGAAAAAGUAUGUAGAAAAUGAUGAGCCAACCCAACUAAUAUACAGUACAGGUGAACAACCCUGAAAUCUGUUAUCAUAUGAGUAUCAAUCACCUGGUUGGUUUGAUUAAGUUAAUUUAGAAAUGAUCUCAUUGUGCAUUACCUUUUGUAAAAACUCUGCCUGAGUAGUCCGAGUUUUUAAAAGUGCAGUUGUAGAAAAUGGGUAGACAAAUGAUAUAAACAGAGAAAAAAGGGGCUUGAUCUGAGUACAGAUUUAAAGCUGAAACUGACUUUAAACAUGCAAACACACAUUUACUGCAGGCUAAGAGUAGAAUGAUUUGUCCCUUAGUACUUUAGCCUUGAUAUAUGUACAGGGUGUGAUAUUUCUGUCAAAGCUAAGGUACUUGGGCCAAGUUUGAGUGAUCAACUUUAGUUUCGUAAUCUAUUCAUUAUUUAAAAUGUUGAAAUCAAUGUGCAUGUAAACAUAGUGUUAUCACAGCAAAUAUUUCUUUCAGUCAAAAAGUCAGGUAGAUGAUAGCUACACUAGCUGUCCUGAGUCACAACAGUUUGUGAGUAAGUGUGAAUAUUUGUCUAAAUGUGACAUUAUAUACACACCUGCAGGGGAUGACAGGACUGUUGUGACUCUAAAUCACUAUAUGUUUAGACUGUAAGAAAUGUACAUUUGUUUCAUCUGUAACCAGAUAAAAGUAAAGCCCAGGAGUCAACAGAACAGUUUGGCAUUUUCCUAAACACGUAUUUCACACAUUUAAAAUAUUUGUCUUGCUUAUUUGAACCCAUAAUUAAAGGCUUGAAAUGAGAAUUUGUAAACAGUUUGUUUGAUACUUAUCAAGACAGAUUUUGGGUUUGAGAAUCACUUUAACAGCAACUAAAAAUAAAAAUUAGGACGAAGAGUGAAAACUGUGUGAAUGAGACGGACAGGGGGUUAGUUAUCGUGUUAAAAAGCCAUCAGAAGGGUCCUGGGAGUUAGUCCACCAUCACCGUCAGCAACCUUGAACACGCCUGGCUGUAGACAAUUGUUCAUGUCCAAAUUCAUACAGAUGGGUUUUAAAUAAAAUGCCAAGCACUCUGCUUUCAGCGUUUUCCAAUUCACAAAAUAUGGAUGGUUAAAACUUAGUCAAAUAUGACUAAAUCUGUUAUGAAAUUAAAUAUUAGAUACAUUAUAAGGUCUCUUGAAACUUACAUUUUGUGGAAAGUUAUUGGGCUGAUGUCUAGUGUCACUCAUAAUAAUGGCGGCCCCAGCCUGCCGUGCCUGAACAAGGCCCCCGAGGAGUUAUGGUGCCAUGUGAAAUAGGCGAAGCAGCAGAACUGUCAUAAUAAAUGUUUUCAUCAAAUAAAAAAUGACGUGUUUCAUUA